GCCAAUAUUUCUGUGUCUUGCAGGAUCUUUUAUCAAGCAGAAAUGCAUCGAACAACCAGAAUCAAGAUCACUGAGCUAAAUCCCCACCUAAUGUGUGUGCUUUGUGGAGGCUACUUCAUCGAUGCCACCACCAUAAUAGAAUGUCUACAUUCCUUCUGUAAAACGUGUAUUGUUCGUUACCUGGAGACCAGCAAGUAUUGUCCCAUUUGUGAUGUCCAAGUUCACAAAACAAGACCACUGUUGAAUAUAAGGUCAGAUAAAACUCUUCAAGAUAUUGUAUACAAAUUAGUUCCAGGGCUUUUCAAAAAUGAAAUGAAGAGAAGAAGAGAUUUUUAUGCAGCUCAUCCUUCAGCUGAUGCUGCCAAUGGCUCUAAUGAAGAUAGAGGAGAGGUUGCAGAUGAAGAUAAGAGAAUUAUAACUGAUGAUGAGAUAAUAAGCUUAUCCAUUGAAUUUUUCGACCAGAACAGAUUGGAUCGGAAAGUAAACAAAGAUAAAGAGAAAUCUAAGGAGGAGGUGAACGAUAAAAGAUAUUUACGAUGCCCAGCAGCAAUGACUGUGAUGCACUUAAGAAAGUUUCUCAGAAGUAAAAUGGACAUACCAAAUACUUUCCAGAUUGAUGUCAUGUAUGAAGAGGAACCUUUAAAGGAUUACUAUACACUAAUGGAUAUUGCCUACAUUUAUACCUGGAGAAGGAAUGGUCCCCUUCCUUUGAAAUACAGAGUUCGACCUACUUGUAAAAGAAUGAAGAUCAGUCACCAGAGAGAUGGACUGACAAAUGCUGGAGAACUGGAAAGUGACUCUGGGAGUGACAAGGCCAACAGCCCAGCAGGAGGUAUCCCCUCCACCUCUUCUUGUUUGCCCAGCCCCAGUACUCCAGUGCAGUCUCCUCACCCACAGUUUCCUCACAUUUCCAGUACUAUGAAUGGAACCAGCAACAGCCCCAGCGGUAACCACCAAUCUUCCUUUGCCAAUAGACCUCGAAAAUCAUCCGUAAAUGGGUCAUCAGCAACUUCUUCUGGUUGAUACCUGAGACUGUUAAGGAAAUACAUUUUAAACUCCUGAUUUAUAUAGAUAUCUUCAUGCCAUUACAGCUUUAUAGAUGCUAAUACAUGUGACUCUUGUCCAAUUUGCUUUCUUUUGUAGUGACGUUAAAUUUGGCUAUAAGAAUGGACUAGAUGUGAUACUCAUGGACAUUAACUGAAAAGAAAGAUUGUUGCUAUAAAGAAUUGGUUUCUGGGAAGGCAGGCAAGAUUUUUUUUGUGUGUUAGGAAAGAUGUGAAAUGGUUUCUGUUACCAUUGUUUGGAUUUGGAAAUAAUUCUGCAUUGGAUGUAAGCAUUGGGCCAUAGUUUGUUAAACUCAACUAACGCCUACAUUACAUUCUUCUUCAUUGUUCCUUGUUAUGCUGUUUUGUGAACCUGUAGAAAACAAGUGCUUUUUAUCUUGAAAUUCAACAAACUGAAAGAAUAUGCAUAGAAUAAUGCAUUCUAUGUAGCCAUGUCACUGUGAAUAACAACUUCUUGCAUACUUAGGCAUUUUGAUUCCUGUUUGAUUUUUACUUCUCUGUUGCUACCCAAAACCGAUCAAAGGAAAGUAAACUUCAGUUUUACAUUCUGUAUGCCUAAAAGCGGGUACUACCGUUUAUUUUACUGACUUGUUUAAAUGAUUCGUUUUUGUAAGAAUCAGAUGGCAUUAUGCUUGUUGUACAAUGCCAUAUUGGUAUAUGACAUAACAGGAAACAGUAUUGUAUGAUAUAUUUAUAAAUACUAUAAAGAAAAUAUUGUGUUUCAUGCAUUCAGAAAUGAUUGUUAAAAUUCUCUCAACUGGUUCGACCUUUGCAGAUACCCAUAACCUAAUGUUGAGCCUUGCUUACCAGCAUAGAAUAUUUUUAAUGUGGCUAUCUAACUCUAAAUUCUAUUCCAUUGGAAGCAAUUGGCAAAUCACUGCAAUACUGACUUUUUUCCCAGUUACACACGUUUACUUUUAAAAUGUAUUGCAGUAAAGAAAAAUUAUAACUAAGAAAUAUGGAAAUAGCAUCUUAAUUUUCCAUUGGUUAUGAGGGAUUAAUGUAUUUUUAAAAUGAAUAUUGAUCACUAAUUCUAAAACAAAUUUUUUAAUAAACCAAAUUUCUGAAAGAGGGCAUUUUAUCUAGAGUUAUUUUAAUAUGUGGCAUAGCAGUAAUUUCGAAUUUAAGAGUUGCUUUAAUCACUAGCAAUGGAAUAAUGCCUUCUCUGUAAUGUCCUGAAAUAGAAGCAAUUUAUGAUGAGCUUCUACAGGUAUUUUUAGAUAAAGCCAACCAAGCAUGUUGAAUUUAAAAUAUGAAUAAUCCCAAUUUUCAGUUUCUGUUUUGCGUUGGUCGAACUUGGUGUAUGUUUGUUCAUCACCCAUCAGUUAUUUGUGAGGGUGUUUAUUCUAUAUGAAUAUUGUUUCAUGUUUUUAUGGGAAAAUUGUAGCUAAACAUUUCAUUGUCCCCAGUCGCAAAAGAAGCACAAUUCUAUUGCUUUGUCUUGCUUAUAGUCAUUAAAUCAUUACUUUUACAUAUA